AUGGGAGGUGUCGACAGAGCUGACCAAGCUAUGACAUUCUAUCCAGCGAUGAGAAAGCAGCAGAGGAAAUACUACAAAAAGAUUUUCCGGCAUCUUCUGGAACAGUACUUGUGGAAUGCCUAUAUUCUGUUCUGCAAAAACAGUGACAAGCCUGUGGUUCAUGCCGACUUUAUCUGGAAAAUUGCGGAAUCCAUUUUCCUCAAGCAUCAAACACCAUCAGUGUCAGUGGGUAGAUCCAGAUGAUGUGCUGUGGGAGUUGUCAACCCAG